UUUCUGUGCCCAGUGGAUCCCUACUGUUGCACCCCCGGGUCAAUUCUCCUUCACUAAUAAUGUAAAUGUGAGCAACUGCCCUGUAGCAAGUAGGUUCCUGGCAGCUUCAGCAUCGUGGUUCGGUGAGGCACAGAGGCCACAGAGAUGAGCGUGUGGGCAGGUGUAUGCUUUGGCCCUCGUGCCCAUCAUUAGGACACUGCAGGCUGUGCUGGUGCCAGCUGGGGGGACAGGAAAGCCCCACGGGGAUGUUAGUGAGAACACGGCCCAGGGUGACCCCUCAGGACGUGACCCCCAUGCCUGACGCACUGCCACUGACUCCUGCUCUGGUUUCUGUCCAAAGCAUCGUGUGAAGAAGAAGCCCACGCCAGUGAAGUAUGACAUGGACGACCUCGUCUGGGCCAAGUUCAGCCGCCGGCCCUGGUGGCCCUGCACCAUCUGCUUCGACCCGACACUGGAUUGCCACUCGAAGAUGAAAGCGUCCAACCGGAGACCAUACCGCGAAUACUAUGUCGAAGCCCUGGGGGACCCCUCGGAGAAGGCCUGGGUGGCCGGGAAAGCAAUCAUGCCCUUUGAGGGCAGACACCAGUUUGACGAGCUGCCAGUUCUGCGGAAGAGAGGGAAGCAAAAAGAAAAAGGCUACAAGCACAAGGUGCCUCAGCGGUUCAUGGCCAAGUGGAAGGUCGGUGUCUCCCAGGCAGAAGACCUGCUCCUGCAGGGACUGGAGGAGUGGAUGCGCAGCCCGAGCCCCCGCAAGCCGGGCCGCAGGAAGGGGGCACAGCUGCAGCCACCAUGCACAAAUGGCCCCAGCACGGUGCGGGGCCGGCAGCUCAACGGCUGCUUCGGCUCCCUGGCGUUUCCCUCCAGGUACACGGGCAACGAGAAGGGCAAGUCGGGCACCAAAUCACAGGUGAAGAAGAACUCGGAUAGCCGGAAGAGGACGAGGGUAAAAAAGAGCAGAGUGCGGAUGGAGACGGCGAAGAGGGGGCUCGGGGGGCAGGCGCCCAGGAGCAUGGCCAGGAACUUGCUGGGGGGGAACCUGCCGGAGAAGCACGCGUCCCAUGAGCUGCGGCGCAUCGCGAGCAGCUUGACGAUCUCUGGCGGCACCAAGGAAAACCACCUGCUGGCGUCGUUUGGGGACAGGCGCUUCGAGAAGGAGCACACGUACGGGGCCCCGAGCAGCGCCGCCCCGCGGGACUCGCGCUCCAGCCCCUCCACGGAGCGGGGCAGCCCCGGCACCUUCUACCGCAGCUCCCAGCAGCACAGCCGUUACUCCAUGCCUGGCGCCAGGGACCUGGACAGCGACUCCGACUCGCUGACCUCCUCCUCCUCCUCCUCCUCCUCCUCCUUCUCCUCCUCCUCUUCCUCUUCCUCCUCCUCCUCCUCUUCCUCUGAGGACAACGGGGAUAGCGACCUGGACCUCAUGGACCAGAGCCCCGAGAGAGCUUUUGGCGCCCUGCACAUCAGCGACGAGACGCUGGAUGAGGACUUUCCUGUCGGGGCCAGUGGGAGCCUGAGCCGUGCUGUGCGCCUGGCUCAGAGCAGUGGCCGGAGAGCCAGGAAACGGGCCUACCGGGACCACCGACCCCUGCAGAGCUCCCACGCCAGCAGCAUCGAGUCGGGACCCGAAGAAGGGGAGGUCGAAGAAGCCUCCUCAGACGCUGAGCCACCCACCCCUGCCCGCCUGUGCCCUGCGCCUGCCCGACGCGACGGUCUCCCCCCUGCAGACAAGCACACUACGCCCCUCGGCACCGGCCCUCCUGCCUGGGCGCCCAGCCAGGGGGCUGCACCGCCUCACGGCCUCCAGCUGCUGUCGGGCAGAAGUGCCCUGCGCGCUGCAGGGCCAGAGCCCGGCCCGGCCCGGGAGGAGAGCGGCACGCGUCGCGGCACUGCCAGCACCAAAGGUUUCCCCGGCGCCGCCCUGGAGCCGCUCGGCAAAAGCAGCAAGGCGGACGGCCAGCGGCUGCUGAACAACGUGCACGAGAAGCACCAGGAGGCGGCCGAGGUGGAGGCGGCUGUGGUGAAGCACUCGCUGUCCUUCCGGUCCCUCAGCGAGGAGGCGAGCGGCGGUGGGCCCCCGAAGCCCGCCGUGCCCUCGCUCUUCACAUCGGCCUCUGGCCAUGGCCUGCCUAUCGAGCCGGACUACAAGUUCAGCACCCUGCUGAUGAUGCUGAAGGACAUGCACGACAGCAAGACCAAGGAGCAGCAGCUCAAGGCGACGCAGAACAUGGUCCCGUAUCGUGGCGACGGCCCCGGGAGCGGCGUGGCCAGCGCCCCAAAGCUGCUGCCUGCGCUGGGCCACCCCUUCAAGGUGGAGCGGAACGGGGAUUGUCUCCCGGAGGUGGCGCGGCAGAGCCCGAGUGCGAGCGAGCCCUCCCUGUCCAGCACGGUGGCCAAGCUCCCCGGACUCGGGGCCAGCAAGAGGGAGCCAGGCAGUGCUCCGGCCUCCAGCUCCAACGGCACCAACUGCAUCGCCAGGCGCCACGGUGCUAAGCCCAAGCCACCGCCCAAGCGAGCGGGGAGCAGGAAGGAGGCGAAGCUGGACAGGCCUGCCCCGGCCCUCGGGCGGUUCUCGCGGGAUGCAGCUGCCGGCGGGUCCCGCAAGCGCAGAGAGGUGCUGGGGGCAGGGACGGGUCCCCUGGGCAAGGACACGGGCAGCUCGGAAAGGAAAGGGCCCCUGGGGCUGCUGGGGCACUCCACCGACGAGGACUCGGUGUGCUCCUCCUCCGACAGCUCAGACCCCCUCCGCGGGAUGCCCGCACUGGAGAAGAGCGUCCCGAGCUGCACGUCCGCUGAGAACAGCGAGAGCCCGGAGCUGGACUCGGAGGCCAACAGCGAGUGCUCCCUGGGUGAGGAGUCCAGCGGUGCCAACCACGUGGCGCCCAAGAAGCGCUGGCAGCGUUUUAACCAAAGCAGUGCAAAAGCCAGUAAGCAAGGCCGCCGGCCUCGGGCCCCGGGGAGCUCGCAGCGGGCCGUCCAGGGCCGGACUCCCAGCACCUUCCCGCUGAAGGGAAGCAAGUGCACGGUGCCCAGGCCUCCUGCCCCCAGCCCAAGCGACGCAGCAGGGCAGGGCUGCCAGAACCACCGGGACUCAGCCAUGCCACGGCUGACGGCACGCGACAAGCCCAACACGGAGCCAGAUCUGGGCAGCUUUGCGCCCCGGGCUGAGUUCCCUGCACAAGUCAUUUCGGAGCGGAAGCGCCUGAGGAAGCCAAGCAAGCGGCUGCUGGAGUAUGCCGAGGAGUACGACCACAUCUUCGCGCCCAAGAAGAAGCCCAGGAAGAGCCAUGAGCCAUCGCGGAAGGUGAAUGCCCUAGAGAGGUCUGAGUGUCAAGAGGAGGAAGGUCUUCCCGCACCGCGCAGCCCUGGCCGUGGCGCUCAGAGCAGGCGGCUAGAGCACAGCCCUUUCGUUUCAACUCCAUCUUCCUCUUCAACCAAAGAGUCUCCUCCGGUCCUUGAGCGAGAGCCGCCCCUCUCGGAAGAGCCCGCGGAGCCGGCCAGCCGCCUCGGAGAGGGGCCCGCAGAGCUGCCUGAGCUGACGCUGUCUUCCCCGGAUUUGUCGGAGAUCUCUGCUUCCCCGGAGGCAGAGGAGCGGUUCCUGAAGGCAGGGAGCUUUGAGAGCAAGCGGCAAAGGAAGCCCACGAAGAAGCUCUUGGAGUCCAAUGACCUGGACACCACGUUCAUGCCAAAGAAGGAGUGGACUCCGCCAAAGAAGGGUGCCGGCCGCUCGGAGAGUGACAGCUCGGAGCUGUAUUCACCUGCCCAUUUCUCUGACCACGGCGAAGCUCCCGAGAAGCCCUCUGAGAAGCAGCGCAAGCGCAAGAGGCAGCGGCACCCUUUGUCUGUGGCCCGUGGCAAGAAGGAGCGGAGCGAAGAUGGCCUGGGGGAUGCUCCCCACUCCGAGGGAGAGACUUCGGUGCACGGGGCUGCCACGAGCCCCAAGGAGGGCAUUGAGGAAGGUUUGGAGAAUGACCAUGGGGUGCCAUCGUCCAAGAAGAUGCAGGGGGAGCGUGGUGGGGGAGCCGCCCUCAAGGAGAACGUCUGCCAGAUCUGCGAGAAGCCAGGCGAGCUGCUGCUGUGCGAGGCGCAGUGCUGCGGCGCCUUCCACCUGCAGUGCCUGGGGCUCUCGGAGAUGCCCAAGGGCAAGUUCAUCUGCAACGAGUGCUCCACAGGCGUCCACACCUGCUUCGUGUGCAAGAGCAGCGGGGAGGAUGUGAAGCGAUGCCUGCUGCCUCUGUGCGGGAAGUACUACCACGAGGCCUGCGUCCAGAAGUACCCGCCCGCCGUGCUGCAGAGCAAGGGCUUCCGCUGCUCGCUGCACAUCUGCAUGACCUGCUACGCUGCUAACCCCACCAACGUCUCUGCCUCCAAAGGCCGCCUGAUGCGCUGUGUGCGGUGCCCAGUGGCCUACCACUCCAACGAUUUCUGCCUUGCCGCCGGCUCCGUGGUCCUGGCCUCCAACAGCAUCAUCUGCCCCAACCACUUCACGGCGCGCCGGGGCUGCCGCAACCACGAGCACGUCAACGUCAGCUGGUGCUUCGUCUGCUCGGAAGGGGGCAGCCUGCUGUGCUGUGAAUCGUGCCCAGCCGCCUUCCACCGUGAGUGUCUGAACAUCGAGAUGCCUGAGGGCAGCUGGUACUGCAACGACUGCAAGGCGGGCAAGAAGCCGCACUACAAGGAGGUGGUCUGGGUGAAAGUUGGGCGCUACAGGUGGUGGCCAGCUGAGAUCUGCCAUCCCCGCACAAUCCCAGCCAACAUCCAGAAGAUGAAACACGACAUUGGGGAGUUCCCAGUGCUCUUUUUCGGCUCCAAGGACUAUCUGUGGACACACCAGGCUCGCGUCUUCCCCUACAUGGAAGGCGAUGCCAGCAGCAAGGACAAAAUGGGCAAGGGGGUGGACGGCAUCUACAAGAAAGCUCUGCAGGAGGCAGCCGCGCGGUUCGAGGAGCUGAAGGCGCAGAAGGAGCUGAGGCAGCUGCAGGAAGACAAGAAGAAUGACAAGAAGCCUCCUCCCUACAAGCACAUCAAGGUGAACCGGCCCGUGGGCAAGGUGCAGAUCUUCACGGCUGACCUGUCCGAGGUCCCGCGCUGCAACUGCAAGCCCACGGACGAGAACCCCUGCGGGCUGGACUCGGAGUGCAUCAACCGCAUGCUGCUGUACGAGUGCCACCCGCUGGUGUGCCCGGCCGGCGAGCGCUGCCAGAACCAGUGCUUCUCCAAGCGGCAGUACCCCGAGGUGCAGAUCUUCCGCACGCUGGCCCGCGGCUGGGGCCUGCAGGCCAAGACGGACAUCCGCAAGGGUGAGUUUGUCAACGAGUAUGUGGGGGAGCUGAUUGACGAGGAGGAGUGUCGUGCCCGCAUCCGCUACGCCCAGGAGCAUGACAUCACCAACUUCUACAUGCUGACGCUGGACAAGGAUCGAAUCAUCGAUGCGGGGCCAAAGGGCAACUAUGCCCGGUUCAUGAACCACUGCUGCCAGCCCAACUGCGAGACGCAGAAGUGGUGCGUGAAUGGCGACACGAGGGUCGGGCUCUUUGCCAUUGUGAAUAUCAAAGCCGGCACGGAGCUGACUUUCAACUACAACCUGGAGUGUCUGGGGAACGGGAAGACGGUUUGCAAGUGUGGGGCCCCCAACUGCAGCGGCUUCCUCGGCGUGCGGCCCAAGAGCCAGCCAAAUCCUACCGAGGAGAAGUCCAAGAAGCUGAAGCGGCGGCCGCUGAAGCGCCGGUCGCAGGCCGAGGUCAUGAAGGAGCGGGAGGACGAGUGCUUCAGCUGUGGGGACGCGGGGCAGCUGGUGUCCUGCAAGAAGCCGGGCUGCCCCAAGGUGUACCAUGCCGACUGCCUCAACCUGACCAAGCGGCCUGCAGGGAAGUGGGAGUGCCCGUGGCACCAGUGCGACCAGUGCGGCAAGGAGGCGGCCUCCUUCUGCGAGAUGUGUCCACGGUCCUUCUGCAAGCAGCACCGCGAGGGCAUGCUCUUCAUCUCCAAGCUGGAUGGGCGGCUGUGCUGCACGGAGCACGACCCCUGUGGGCCCCACCCCCUGGAGCCGGGGGAGAUCCGUGAGUACGUGCCUCCGGCCGGGCCGCCACCGCCUCCUGCCCGCGAGAGCGCCUCGCCACCCCCGGACACCGCCCACAGCCUCCCGCCCCCCGACCGGCUGCCGCAGCCCGUGGCCAUGCGGCUGCAGCCCUCCGACAAGCCCCCGGCCACGCUGGCGCUGCAGCUGCAGCCCUCCGACAAGCCCCCGGCCACGCUGGCCCUGCGGCUGCAGCCACCCAACAAGCCCACCACCACCUUCGCCGUGCGGCUGCAGCCCUCCAGCAAGCCCCCUUCCACGCUGGCGCUGCGGCUGCAGCCCUCCAGCAAGCCCCCCACCACCCUGGCGCUGCGGCUGCAGUCCUCCAACAAGCCCCCCACCACCAUCGCCCUGAGGCUGCAGCCAUCGGACAAGCCCCAGGCAGCCCUGGCACUGCGGCUGCCGUCCGAGAAGCUGCCCGCCAUUGUGGCGCUGAGGCCACCGCCCUCGGACAAGCUGGCCGUCGCCGACACCAGCCAGUGGUCUCAGUCCUCGGACAUGUCGCCAGCCAAGGCGCCACUGCAGCCCCUAGACGAGCCGCCAGCCGGGGCCCCACCACCCCCGCCGUGCGUGCCGCACGAGGGAGCCCUGCAGCCCGCACCCACGGACAGGCCUUCCAGCACCACCGCUGCAGCCCCGCGGCCGCAGCCCCCAGACGAGCUUAGCGCCCUGGCCCAGCUGUCGGACAAGCCUCUCGCUGCUGCUGGUGCCCCGCCGCCACCACCGCUCGCAGGUGAGACCCCUCCUGCACCCGGGGCCCCGCAGCCUCCACUGGCCGACGAGCCUGCCCCCAGGGGACCCUGGGCCCCGGCCCCCGAAAAGCCUCCCAAUACCGGGGCCCCGCGGCCCCUGCAGCUGGACAAGCCGCCCGCCCCGUGGCCCCCUGCCUCAGACAAGCCCGCCCCAGCAUCCACCGGGGCCCUGCGGAUUCAGGCACUAGACAAGCCGGCCGCCCCCCUGGCUCCGAGGCCUCAGGUCCCAGACAAGGCGCCGGCAGCCACGGUGCCACGGCCACUGCUGUCCGAGAAGGCGCUGCGGCCCGUCGACCAGAAUGCGCAGCCGCAGGAGAGGGGCGCGGAGCCGAGCGCCCAGCAGAAAGACAGAACUAUCGCGCCAGCCGAGCCGCCGCCGUGGCCGCCGGGGAGAGCGGUGGCGCACGCGGGGCAGGUGCUGUGGCCCCCAGAGAAGCUGCAGAUGCACGAGCUGCCCCGCUGGCCCCCCGCGAAAGCACUGACCCCCGCGGAGCCGCCCCCGCGGGCAGCAGAGAAGCUGCAGGAGCCGCCACCGCUGGGCUGGGACGUGGCGCCAGCGCCCCCAGAGCCGGCGCCGUGGACAGCAGAGCGGUUGCGGGCUCUGGAGCCAGCCCCACCCGAGCAGGCGCCGUGGCUGGCCCGGUCCGUGCAGACGUUCGAGCCCAUCUGGCUCUCCGGGAAAGCACAGACUCCCCGGGGGCAGGACCCUUUGCCGCUGCCCGAGCAGCACGCCUGCCGCGAUCGGCCGGAGCCCAGCCCGGAGUGAGAGGGUGGGGGGCCAGCGCCGUCUGCUUGGGGCGGGGGACGGGGUUUCUUGGCUCUUUCUGUUUUUUAUUCACUGCCCUGCGCCCAGC